AAGAUGGCGAUUGUUUACACUGUUAGGAGGAGGAAGUGACAGCUCGUCCUCGCCCUCCCUCACGCCCAGCCCACCCACUACGCCCGCCCGGUUAUGUUCUCCGGGGUAAAACCUGACAAGAAAAGCAAAGUUAAAGGCAUCACCCAGCUUGGCAGCCGCAGCAGCAGCAGCAGCAGCAGCCACAGCAGCAACAGCAACACCACCCGCAGCAACAGCAGCAGUGGCAGCGGUGGCAGCAGCAGCAGCAGUAGCAGCAACAAAGGUGGCGGGCGUAAGAGCCACAGUGGAAGCAGCAGUGGCAGCAGCAGCGGCAGCGGCAGCCCCCCCGCCGGCACCCCCCCCCCACACCCAGAUGGCUUCCCAUGAGAGCUUAAACUCUGAGUCCAAAUCCAGCUCACUCAACUCCAAGCUGGGCCAUGAGUCGGGCGGCUCUCCCUCUCCCCCAAAGAGUGCCUGUUCUUCCACCUCCACCACCUCCACCGACCACCACCACACCAACCACCAGGUGUCUCACGUCCUCACCGCCACCAGCAAAAUGACAGUGAGGGAUGGGAGCCGUACAUUGCGCCCUGAUGAGCCUCCCCUGGUGCCUGGGGAGCAGCUGGAGGGCACUGCCAGGGAAGUCACCUACCUCUGCCCCUAUGUUGGCCCAAAGAAAGGCACACUGUCUGUCACCAACUACAGACUCAUCUUCCGCAGCCCUGAGACAGAUCCUCCCUUUGAACUGGAGGUGCCCCUGGGUGUGGUGUCCCGGAUAGAGAAGGUGGGAGGAGCCAACACCAGCCGCGGAGAAAACUCUUACGGAAUCGAGAUCUUCUGUAAGGACAUCCGUAACCUGCGUUUUGCCCAUAAGCAGAAUGACUCGCAGUACUCAAUGCACCUUAAGAGGGACAUGAAUAUCUCAGUGUUCAGACGGUACAGGGUGCGCCAUAACUUUGCCGGAUAUGGAGCUAGUCAGACAUCAGAGGAGAACCACUCCCGCAGGAUGGUGACGGAGAAGCUGCUGCACUACGCCUUCCCAGCCUCCCACAAGCUGCCCUUCUUUGCCUUUGGGUACUGUGAGCAGUACCCAGAAAAUGGCUGGAGUGUGUAUGAGCCCAUUGCUGAGCUCAAGAGACAGGGCCUGCCCACUGAGUCUUGGCGCAUCACCCGCAUCAACGAGCAGUAUGAGCUGUGUGAGACCUACCCAGCAGUGUGGGCCGUGCCUGCCGCUGCCUCAGACAACGACCUCCGCAACGUGGCUGCCUUUCGCAGCCGAGGCCGCAUCCCAGUGCUGAGCUGGAUCCACCCGGAGAGUCAGGCCACCAUCACGCGCUGUGCUCAGCCGCUAGUAGGUGUGAGUGGCAAGCGCAGCCGGGAUGAUGAGGCAUACAUCCAGCACAUUAUGGACGCCAAUGCUCAGAGCCACAAGAUAUUUAUCAUGGAUGCCCGGCCCAGUGUGAAUGCUGUGGCCAACAAGGCAAAGGGUGGUGGCUAUGAGAGUGAGGAUGCCUACCAGAAUGCUGAGGUGCAGUUCCUUGACAUUCAUAAUAUCCACGUCAUGAGGGAAAGUCUUCGCAAGCUGCAAGAGGUGUGUUACCCCCACAUUGACAACUCCCACUGGCUCAGCAACCUGGAAGCGACCCACUGGCUGGACCACAUUCGCUGUGUGCUGAGUGGGGCACUGCGCAUUGCCGAUAAGGUGGAGAGUCACAAGACCAGCGUCGUGGUGCACUGUUCUGAUGGCUGGGACCGCACGGCACAGCUGACAGCCCUCUCCAUGCUGAUGCUGGACGGCUACUACCGCACCAUCCCAGGCUUUGCUGUGCUGCUGGAGAAGGAAUGGCUCAGCUUUGGACACAAGUUUGCACAGAGAGUGGGCCACGGGGAUGACCGUCACCAGGAUGCAGACCGCUCACCUGUCUUCCUUCAGUUUGUGGACUGUGUGUGGCAGAUCUUGAAGCAGUUCCCACACGCCUUCCAAUUCACGGAGGAUAUGCUGAUCACCAUUCUGGAUCACCUAUAUUCCUGCCUCUUUGGGACAUUCCUCUACAACAGCGAACGUGAGAGAAUUGAGAAAGAGGUGAAGACCAAGACCAUCUCCCUGUGGUCUCUCAUCCUGAGCAACAAGGCAGACUUUGAGAACCCCCUGUACAGCUCCAACACCAAACACCAUGUGCUGUUCCCCCGCACCUCCAUGCGGCAUCUGUGUCUGUGGGACAAGUAUUACUGUCGCUGGAACCCAUCCAUGAGGCAGCAGCAGGUCACAGUAUUUCUUCUCACAGGAGCCAGUGCACAUCCGUUACAAGGAGCUGUUGCAUGUCAAGGAGCAGCUGGAGAAACACGUGGACGAGCUUCGGAAAGAGCUGGCAGCGAGGCAGACGCAUGACUCACCACGUGUUGCCUCGGCCAUCGUGUGAGGCAGUGCUGCCACUGCCAGAACCACCUGCCUGUGCUCCAGGCAGCAGGUGGGGAGGUGGGAGGUGUGGAGGGACCAGUCUGCAGAUACAUGAGGGCUGAGUGCAGCAUGAGCCAGAGUCAUCAUUGUAGUCAGCAGCAGCCUGCAAGCCAGACUCGCCAUGUGUGCACAGCUGUGUAGUACUCAGUGCAGGUGUGCCCUUGUAUGUGUAAUGAAGAGAAUACUCUUAACUAACUAAUGUGAAUUAUGAUCAAAUUGAGUCUUAGCUGUAGCUGAGAUGAAGAAAACAGACUCAUAACUGCACUAUCCAAGCUUGCAGGAAUGCAAUUUCACCUAGUCCUAGACUAUCCAAGCUUGUAAAACUUGGUAGAGAUGUUCUCUGUAAUGGAACAGUGUGGCAGUAAAUGUGGCUCUUAUCAAGUACUGAUUGUUGAGAGCAUGUCAUGCAUGUGAGAUGUAGAUGCUCCCGUUACAACUUUCAUUGAAUUAACUGCCUCAAGAAUGUAUAUACAGUGCAAAUUCUUUAACAUUAAGUAUUACAUUUUAUGUAUCCUAUUUUUUUAGAAUAAGGUGAGUCUGCAGGUGAAGGCUGACCCUUUGUUACAAUGUGUUGGCCUUUAACUCCACAUUCUCUCAAGUGAGAGUGGAGGCAACUGUGAGUUGGACUUAUGUUACUGGCUACCUUAAGAUACAGGCUUACCUACUUUAUAUAUUUUUCAUGCUGUAUGUAAGCAUCUAAUUACAAUUCAUCAAGGAGCA